AUGAAAGAAAAUCAAAAAUAGAAUAGAGAUAUUAGAAAUAUUUUUUAAUGCAAAUGGAACUAUAGCACUAUUAUUAUCACUUUCAAUUUAUUCUUAUCGGUAAUGAUCAUUAUUGACAAAUAAUAUUAUUUUACUUUUGAUUAAUAAUAUGAAAAAAUAAAAAAGGAAAUUCAUGAAUCAGUUAAACAGCAUUGCAAAUAUGAAUUGGAAUUAAUGUUUAAAUAAUAAGAAAAAAAUUAAUCCAAUUGCCCUUAAGGAUAGUCAAUGUUAUAAGAAAAUGAUUAAUUGACUAAUGUCAAUAUUUAAAAAAUUAAAUAUGAUGAAUAAAUAAGUCAAAACAAGAAGGCAUAAUUAAAUAAUAAGAAAACAAAAAAUGACUAAUAAUUUAAUUCAUUGAACAAAAAUGAUGAAAAAUAAAAGUAUAAUAAUAAUAUCAAAUAAAAGAAAGAAAAUAAUUAAAAUGAAACAAAAAAUGAAUAAGAAAAUAAUUAAAAUGAAACAAGAAAUGAAUAAGAAAAUAAUUAAAAUGAAACAAAAAAUGAAUAAGAAAAUAAUUAAAAUGAAACAAAAAAUGAAUAAGAAAAUAAUUAAAAUGAAACAAAAAAUGAAUAAGAAAAUAAUUAAAAUGAAACAAAAAAUGAAUAAGAAAAUAAUUAAAAUGAAACAAAAAAUGAAUAAGAAAAUAAUUAAAAUGAAACAAAAAAUGAAUAAGAAAAUAAUUAAAAUGAAACAAAAAAUGAAUAAGAAAAUAAUUAAAAUGAAACAAAAAAUGAAUAAGAAAAUAAUUAAAAUGAAACAAAAAAUGAAUAAGAAAAUAAUUAAAAUGAAACAAAAAAUGAAUAAGAAAAUAAUUAAAAUGAAACAAAAAAUGAAUAAGAAAAUAAUUAAAAUGAAACAAAAAAUGAAUAAGAAAAUAAUUAAAAUGAAACAAAAAAUGAAUAAGAAAAUAAUUAAAAUGAAACAAAAAAUGAAUAAGAAAAUAAUUAAAAUGAAACAAAAAAUGAAUAAGAAAAUAAUUAAAAUGAAACAAAAAAUGAAUAAGAAAAUAAUUAAAAUGAAACAAAAAAUGAAUAAGAAAAUAAUUAAAAUGAAACAAAAAAUGAAUAAGAAAAUAAUUAAAAUGAAACAAAAAAUGAAUAAGAAAAUAAUUAAAAUGAAACAAAAAAUGAAUAAGAAAAUAAUUAAAAUGAAACAAAAAAUGAAUAAGAAAAUAAUUAAAAUGAAACAAAAAAUGAAUAAGAAAAUAAUUAAAAUGAAACAAAAAAUGAAUAAGAAAAUAAUUAAAAUGAAACAAAAAAUGAAUAAGAAAAUAAUUAAAAUGAAACAAAAAAUGAAUAAGAAAAUAAUUAAAAUGAAACAAAAAAUGAAUAAGAAAAUAAUUAAAAUGAAACAAAAAAUGAAUAAGAAAAUAAUUAAAAUGAAACAAAAAAUGAAUAAGAAAAUAAUUAAAAUGAAACAAAAAAUGAAUAAGAAAAUAAUUAAAAUGAAACAAAAAAUGAAUAAGAAAAUAAUUAAAAUGAAACAAAAAAUGAAUAAGAAAAUAAUUAAAAUGAAACAAAAAAUGAAUAAGAAAAUAAUUAAAAUGAAACAAAAAAUGAAUAAGAAAAUAAUUAAAAUGAAACAAAAAAUGAAUAAGAAAAUAAUUAAAAUGAAACAAAAAAUGAAUAAGAAAAUAAUUAAAAUGAAACAAAAAAUGAAUAAGAAAAUAAUUAAAAUGAAACAAAAAAUGAAUAAGAAAAUAAUUAAAAUGAAACAAAAAAUGAAUAAGAAAAUAAUUAAAAUGAAACAAAAAAUGAAUAAGAAAAUAAUUAAAAUGAAACAAAAAAUGAAUAAGAAAAUAAUUAAAAUGAAACAAAAAAUGAAUAAGAAAAUAAUUAAAAUGAAACAAAAAAUGAAUAAGAAAAUAAUUAAAAUGAAACAAAAAAUGAAUAAGAAAAUAAUUAAAAUGAAACAAAAAAUGAAUAAGAAAAUAAUUAAAAUGAAACAAAAAAUGAAUAAGAAAAUAAUUAAAAUGAAACAAAAAAUGAAUAAGAAAAUAAUUAAAAUGAAACAAAAAAUGAAUAAGAAAAUAAUUAAAAUGAAACAAAAAAUGAAUAAGAAAAUAAUUAAAAUGAAACAAAAAAUGAAUAAGAAAAUAAUUAAAAUGAAACAAAAAAUGAAUAAGAAAAUAAUUAAAAUGAAACAAAAAAUGAAUAAGAAAAUAAUUAAAAUGAAACAAAAAAUGAAUAAGAAAAUAAUUAAAAUGAAACAAAAAAUGAAUAAGAAAAUAAUUAAAAUGAAACAAAAAAUGAAUAAGAAAAUAAUUAAAAUGAAACAAAAAAUGAAUAAGAAAAUAAUUAAAAUGAAACAAAAAAUGAAUAAGAAAAUAAUUAAAAUGAAACAAAAAAUGAAUAAGAAAAUAAUUAAAAUGAAACAAAAAAUGAAUAAGAAAGUAAUUAAAAUGAAACAAAAAAUGACGAAUAAGAAAAUAAUUAAAAUGAAACAAAAAAUGACGAAUAAGAAAAUAAUAAAAAUGAAACAAAAAAUGAAUAAGAAAGUAAUUAAAAUGAAACAAAAAAUGACGAAUAAGAAAAUUGUUAAAAUGAAAUAUAAAAUGACGAAUAAGAAAAUUGUUAAAAUGAAACAAAAAAUGAAGAAUAAUUUAAUUCAUUUGACAAAAAUGAUGAAAAAUAAAAGGAUAAUAAUAAUAACAAAUAAAAGAAAGAAAAUUAUUAAAAUGAAAUGAAUCAAAUUAAUUUCUCAAAUGAUUACAGCAUAAUCUCACCAGAAAACCUAGCUGGGAAAAUACAUAAAAAUCUUUCAAAAGAAAAUUUUGAUUCCUUCACACUUAUUUAUAAUCAAAAGUUCUAAAAACCUCUAACUGGUACAAUAUUUAAAAAAUUCUAUGAAACAAUUUAUACUUUCGGAGAGGAUCCUUUAGUUUGUAUAGCUGCUGAAUACUAAAAUAGAAUAGCUUUAGUUGGGUGUGAUAUCUCUACUGAGGUUUUUUAAACUACAAAUAAUGUGCUUGGGGCAUAGUGUUAAAGAAAUAAAGAAAUAUGUUGGUAUCAUAUUGAGGAAAGAGCAUUUGGUUUCUCUCCAAAUAGCAAGGUUGAUUUGACUUACUGUGAUAAAUUGAAUCCUAUGGAUGAAAACAGAUUAUGUAUAUCACUUAAUGAGAAACAUUAAGAAAGAAGAAUUGGAAUAUGGAAUCAAUCAGAAUAAAUAAGUGCAUUUAACUUAUUGAUAUAUAUUCUGAAUAUAUGA